UAUGAUUUAUGAAUAUUAGUUUUUAUUUAAAUAAGUAAUUGUUCGAACUUCUAAUGUUCUAAAUAAUUUGUAAUUUGUUGUAUAGGUAGUUCAAACUUAAAACUUCAAGAUAAUUAAUUAAAUAUUAUAUUAGCUGUGUCUAGAAAUAAGGAUAUUUUUUUGGAUCCAAUACUAUCCAUUCCAACUUUAAAGUAUUUAAUAUUUAUCAAGUUUAAUAAAAUCGUUAUGAAUUUGCUGGUUUGGUCAAUUAUUGUUAGUUUUUAUAAUAUGUUUUCUAUCAAAUUUCUACCAAAGUUUAUAAUAUGGUUCAUGAAUAUCAGUAAAGAACAUCAGAAAAUAGUGGGAGAAAUAUCAUUAUUAAAAAAAGAACAAUCCAAAAUUUCAAUUGUAAAAGAGUUUGCUAAACAUACAAAAUUACAACGAAAAAUCAACAAGUUGAAUGAACAAUUAAAAAACCACGUAAGAGAAAAUUCAUCCAAAAAUUUAAAGAUCAAAUUCAUCAGUAAAGUGUCUUUAUAUGUUUUUUCCGUAGUUUUAAAUCUUCUAUUUGUCUAUUACAACUAUAAUAAAUCCGUUUUGAUAGAACUUCCAACUAAUUGGUUUUUACCAUUAUCUUGGUUAGUUCGAUGGCCUACCUCACAAAUUGGUUCAAUGAGUUUUGUCUUUUGGUAUAGUGUCACUAAUUGUGUUGCUAAGGUGACCAUUAAUAAUAUCUUAUGAUUAGAAACAAUUAACAAAUGUUAUUAAGGUUAUUGCUGAGUGAUGGCUGAUAAUUGUGUAAAUUAUUAAGCAUGUGAAUUUACUAAAACACUUAAUUAUUUGGGACUAUAUUAGUAACAAAAAUGAUAAGUAUUUAGGAUUUGUUUGGUAAAUGCUGUAAUUUGAUAUUUUCUAGUUUGUUAUACUUGUAUAUUUCUAAUUUGUUUUCAAUUUUUAAAAUUAAAAUUUAUUCUUGUAUCAGAGGAAAAUAUAUUUUACAGGGUGUUUAUACAAUUUCUAGUGUCGAUGUAUUAAAACAAUUUUUUGAUUAUAGGAUAAAAAAGUAUAACUAUUGAAAAAUUAACGUUGUUUAAGUUAUUCAAUUAAACAGAUAUUGAUAUAUCUAUAGUGGGAUUUAUAUAUAUACAUUUUGAAGUUAAGCAUUUAUUUUUGAGUCAUUUAUUUUUUUGUUAAAUUUUAUUUUGUUUAAUUUGUUUUUUCUCAUUCAUUAGAAUAUAAUUAAAUUACAUUUGUUAAAUGAUAAAUGGUAUGUUGUAUCACUUAAUUUUGUCUACAUUAAUCAGACAAUCUGUAAUAAUGAUAAUUUUUCCUCAUUUUGCUUCAAUUAUUGAAAAAUUGUGCCAUGAAUAAUUUUAUAACCUGUUGUUCAUGAUUCAUUCUAAUUUAAGGAAAUGUAUUUUAGUUUUUUUUUAACAGCCUAAAGAGAACAAUUAAUAGACACUUAUCUAAUUAUUUAAAAUUGAUUCUCAAUUUCUCGCACCUUUAUACUCAAAUCAGUCUAAUGUAUCUAAAAUCUACUAAUUCCUAUCUAUAUAAGUUUUUUAUUGAAUAUCAGUGUUGUUAUGGAACUAUUUGUGGAAUUGAUUAUUUUUUAGAGGAACAAAUAAAGGAAUUAAUUCUAUUAUUUUUUAAAUGAAUUUGAACGUGAAUUAAUUCCUUAAUUUUAGUAAUAGGAAUGUAAAUAUUAUAAUUCUUUUGUUCUUCUUAGAAAUGUUUUAAACAACAUUUAGGGAGAAAACUUUUGUUUACUUUUCAUCUUUUUAAUCUAUAAAAAAAUAAUUGACGAGACUUCCAAUUUCUUUCACAGUGUUACACCUUGAUUGGCUUGAUAAUUACAGAUCUAUACUAGGUAUUGUUUUAGUUAUUGUUAUUCUCCAUUUAAUAAACAAUGAAUUUUAUUUAAAAAUUGUUUAUUAUUUAAAUAAUAAUUGAAAAAAUACUGAACCUCAAUAUAAACUAUAUUUAUAAAUUAUAUAUAUUAUAUCAUAAUUGUAUUAAAAAGUGUACAUAAAUAUAUUUUUAAUGUUUAUAUUUUAUAAGUUAUUAAGUUAUCUAAACGUUGCAAUAAUAUUUAAGUAAAUAUUGUUUUGUAUAGUACCUAUUGGUUUUCCAUUAUUGUUAUAAUAUAUUAUAUUUUGUUUUAUGUAUUUAUUUAUUCAAUACACUAAACAUUUUAUA